ACAACCAAAACCGGUCCAGGGGCAAAGAAUUUCAAGCGUCCAGUUCUACAGGCAGCACUGUUCGACGCACACUUCUUACCUGGAGUGGUUCUUUCCGUUUGUCUGGUAAAGCUGUUCUACCGCUAUGUGCUGGCUCUCACGGAGAAAGAGGGUCUGUUGACUGAUGCUGCUAAAAAAGUUGAGACUCGUGAAAAUUCUUUUGCGGCCGAAUGCAUGCUUAUCAUCGCUAGUAUGCUGCACCUGGCCCAAAGCGGUAUCCUACAAAAUCAGAUUAACUCAGAUCACGUGGAUCGUAUGUGGAUUUGUCUCAAGGUCUUGGCCGAUCGCCGUAUGGAAGUCCUGGAGGCUUUCGAUAAAACUUCUCGGACAUGUCUUGCCGAAUUGGUUACCUAUCAGGAAACUGAGCGUAAACAGGCUGCUAAAACCCGAAAUCAAAGCCUUGAACAACAUCAGCGUGAAGAAGCCCAAUUGCAUCGGGCGGAUGCACCAGUGAAGUUUUCACUCUUGGCUGGUCAGUCCGAACUGGGUGAUUUGGAAGAUCGGUUUGAUUUGACCCUCAGUCAGGCACUUGGUGCCACAGCCAGGGGAGGCGCCGGAGGAGAUGCUUACGCGACAUCCAAAUUGAGCAAGGUUCGGCAGUUGACCGGAUUUUCGGACCCUGUUUACGCGGAAGCCUAUGUGCACGUCAAUCAGUUCGACAUUAUGUUGGAUGUGUUGAUCGUGAAUCAAACUCGAGACACAUUACAAAAUCUCACCUUGGAGUUAUCCACGCUAGGCGAUUUGAGGCUGGUCGAGAAACCGAGCCCUUUAACCAUCGCCCCUCAGGAUUUUGCGAAUAUCAAGGCCAAUAUCAAAGUUUCUUCCACGGAGAACGGAAUUAUUUUUGGCAACAUAUCGUAUGAUGUACGGGGUUCAGCCGGUGAGACUACUUGCAUCGUGCUUAAUGAUAUCCACAUUGAUAUCAUGGAGUAUAUACUGCCGGCUACCUGUUCCCCUGCUGAAUUUCGUCAAAUGUGGUCUGAUUUCGAAUGGGAAAACAAGGUGACAGUCAAUACGCAGAUUCGAGAUCUGUUCGCUUAUUUGGCUCACAUCACAAAACACACCAAUUUACGUUGCCUCACACCAAUGGAAGCGCUACAAGGAGAAUGCGACUAUUUGUGUGUCACUUUAUACGCGCGAACCAUUUUCGGUGAGCAUGUGCUGGCCAACUUGUGUCUGGAAAAAACCGAACCAGAUCAGCCUGUAACCGGACAUGUACGAAUUCGCGCAAAAACACAGGGGAUGGCUGUGACCAUGGGCGAAAAGGUCAGCACCUCGCAAAAGNCCGGUUCACAAGGCUCCACACAGGUCAAUGAUAUCGAUUUAGCAAACGGCAAGACUGGACAGGAUGAGGACGCUGUGGGUGUAAUGCGAUCCCAUUCCCCGGCACCACUUAUCGACACCCGUUAG